ACGCCUGCUCGGCACGUGUAGCUGGCCGACGGGGAUUCUAUCGUCGGAACCACCGUAAUUUCUUCCGGAACCACACUUUCCGAAGCGGUGGUGAAGGAGAUCGAUUUUGUGUCGUCACUUGUGCAGUGGACUCCCGGAAUAAGGCCCGAAAAUGGUGAAACGCAAUCACAAGUACAAAUCGGGCGAGGGUUCCGUCUACCUGACGCGCCGUGCCGCGAUGAAGAAGCUGCAGCUGUCGAUGAAGGACUUCCGGCAGCUGUGCAUUCUGAAGGGGAUUUACCCGCGCGAGCCGAAGAACCGCGCCCGGGCCCAGAAAGGCUCGCAGGACAUCAAAAUCCUGUACCACAAGAAGGACAUUACGUUCCUGCUGCACGAACCGAUCGUGUGGACGCUGCGUGAUCGAAAGAUCUACAAUCGGCGUAUAGCGCACGCACGGGCCAAGAAGAACCUGGCGCUGCGUGACAUCCGGCAGCAAAACUUCCCCCAGCUGAAGCUGGAUCACAUCGUGAAGGAACGCUACCCGACGUUUAUCGAUGCGAUCAAGGAGCUGGACGAUUGCAUGACACUGCUGUUCAUGUUCAGCACCUUCCCGGCCUCGAAGGUCAUCACGCGCGAGCUGACCACCAUGAGCCGCCGGUUGACGAUCGAGUUUAUGCAGUACGUGAUUGCGGCCCAGGCCCUGCGCAAAGUGUUCAUUUCCAUCAAGGGGUACUACUUCCAGGCGGAGAUCAAGGGCGAAACGGUCACCUGGAUCGUGCCACACUAUUUCCCCCAUCAUCCGCACCGUGGCGAAAUGAUCGAUUUCAGUAUCAUGAAAUCGUUUGGUGACUUCUUCACCGUGAUGGCCGGCUUCAUCAACUACCGGUUGUACCAUUCGAUUAAUCUGGUCUAUCCGCCGCAGUUUUCGCACUCGCUCGACUCGGACGAGACGCUCGAGAGUGAGGAUGCGUUCAUGAAUGAGCGGGUGGCGGCCCUCAACAUGGAGCUGUUGCGCACGGACGGUACCUCAUCGGCCGGUGACCAGUCGGCGGAGGACGCGGAAGUGCUGGAGUGGACGGGCGACAAUGAGGAUUUGCCGCACGUGGCAAAGAUCCGCGAGGAGGCACAGAGCUUGCGCAAGCUGAAGACGCUCUUCAAGGGGCUAAAGUUCUACAUCAACCGUGAGGUGCCCCGGGAACCGCUCGUCUUCAUCAUACGCUCGUUUGGUGGGCGCGUCUCGUGGGAUAAGCGGCUGUUUGUUGGUGCGACGUUCGAUGAAAGCGAUGAGACGAUCACGCACCAGAUCGUCGAUCGGCCAAGCCUGGAGAAGCAGUACAUUUCGCGUGAUUACAUCCAACCGCAGUGGGUGUUUGACAGUGUGAACCAGCGCCGGUUGUUGCCCACGAACCAGUACUUCAUCGGUGCCGUAUUGCCGCCACAUCUUUCGCCCUUCAACCGGGACGAUGUGCUGUACGUGCCACCGGAGGAACUCCGUCUAAAGCAAGCUGGUGACGGUGCUGGUGAGGAUGAGUUCGAGCGACUACAGUCCCGGAUCGCCGGGGAGGACGGAGAGGAUGAGGAGGAACAUAUUUCCGACGAUGAAGAGGUGGAAGACCAGCAGCGCCAGGUACAGCUGGAUUUCGCGCUUCUCAAAGCAUUCAACGACGAGCGGACGGAUGAGCUGAACAGUGGCGCCAAGGAAAGCCAAGGAGGCGACGAUAACGCAUCGCAACGGGGUGACGGCGAAGGCGACGCCACGACGGAGCAGGCUGGAAAGAAGGGCAAAAAGGCGACGGCGAAGGGUGGCAAGAUGGCGGUGGUGAGGGGCGAGGUGUACAAGGAGAACCCACAGGAGCAGAAGAAGCUGACGAAGCAGGAGGAAGCGCUGCGGGCAAAGAUGGUCAAGUCGAAGCACCGCAAACUGUACCACCAGAUGAUGGAGAAACAGAAGAAGGCCGAAAAGGAGGCCAACCUGCUGAAGAUGAAGCGAGCGCACAUCGAGAAGGAAAAGAAGCGUGAACAGGGUGUGAAGCGGAUAAAGCAGCGACAGCAAAUCCUAGGUUAAGCGGCGACAUCAAGUUCGGUCAGUCGGUACAAUUUAAUCUUCUUUCAUUCAGCUCCCCUCUCACCUUUCCGUCCGCAACAGGCGCGGAAAGUGUAAUAAACAUGAUAACAACACGUA